AUGUCUCGAACGCUCGCUGCUCUUGCUAUUCUUGCGCCUCUUCUUGUAAAGGCCGCAGUGCCACUCUACGGCCAGUGUGGUGGCUCCGGCUAUACCGGUGAGACCACUUGCGUCUCUGGCGCGACCUGCGUUUACUCGAAUGAAUGGUAUUCGCAAUGUCUCACAUCCAGCUCCUCAGUAAAGGCCACUUCGUCGACUAAGACGUCUUCUUCGACGAAGAGUACCAGCACGACAAAGUCGAGCAGCACCAAAACAUCCAGCAGCAGCACCAAAACGUCGUCUACCAAGAGCGCGACUGCUGUCGUCACCCCGACCGCCAUCACCUCGACGCUCCCCGCCUCGUCGGGCUACGUCGCACUCCCAACUGCCUCUGUCAUCUCGGGCUCAUUUGAUGGUGGCAUGAAGCGCUUCGAUCGUGCUGGCUCCUCGGGUGCAUGCCAAGGUCAAUCAGAGACAGGUGAAGCAGAUGCCGUGUUCAUUCUCGAAUCUGGAGCAACUAUCUCCAACGUGAUCAUUGGUGCUGACCAGGCUGAGGGUAUCCACUGUCGUGGACCAUGUAAGCUCGUCAAUAUUUGGUGGCAAGACGUAUGCGAGGAUGCUGCUACCUUCAAGCAGACCGGCUCCGGUGACGUUUCGUAUAUUAUCGGUGGUGGUGCUUUCCACGCACAGGACAAGAUCUUCCAACACAAUGGUGCCGGAACUGUCUCCAUCUCCAACUUCUAUGCGAGCGACUUUGGCAAACUCUACCGCGCGUGCGGCAACUGUGACAAGUCUUAUGAGCGCCACGUUAUUGUAAACAACGCCAAGCUUGAUAGCGGCAGCGCUGGUGUUGGUAUCAAUACCAACUUUGGAGACACGGCCAAGAUCAGCAACGUGUGCACCACAGGAAAGCCAACCCUUGCCAACAUUUGCUGCAAGUACCAGGGAACAACCCCAGGAAACGAGCCGACCAAACUUUCGUGCGGCUCUGACUCUACGUCUUGCAUCUACUCCAACGUUGGAUCAUGCUAG